AUGCGUUGGUCGCUUCUCGCGGCGGAAGCGCGAUGCUUUUCCCCGCAUCCCUCCUCCCGAGGAGUUGUUCGAGGAGGAGGAAAAGGAGGGAGAAUGCGCUUUGCGGUCGUUCGAGGAGGAGGAAGAAGAGGAAGAGGAACAGGCGCCGUUUUCACAGUCUUUUCCGCGCUGGGAAAGGCAAAAAAAGAGGAUGAAAAAGAGGAAGACUUUUCUAUGUCGUCGUCGUUUGAUCUUCUUUUCUCGAAGAAGAAGAAGACAAAGAAGAUGAAGAUGAAGAACGAGGUGCAGGAGGAGGACGGGGGUUUGAAGAAGAAGAGAUCGUCGCUCUCGUUCGUCGGGAAUUUGUUUUUCAAUGAGAGUAAGAAAAAGAAGGAUAAAGAAGAAGAAGAAGAAGACAAAGAAGAAGACAAAAAGUCGAACUUCUCCCGCUUUUUGUCAGGGGGAAAAGUAUCAUCUGUAUCAUCGAAAGGACAAACAGAACAAACGAAAGAGAAGAAGAAAACGAGUACUAAUAAGUUAUCUCUAAUAAACGAAGCUCCGGUGGUUGGUUCGAUCGCGCGCGCGAUAAAAUCGAGACGGGUGGAUAAAAUUGCCGUCCCGGUCGUCGGGACGUUUUCGGAGCUGUAUAGACACGCGGAAAUCGCAACCAUGAACGAUUGGAAGGAGGAAGACGUGAAGGAGUAUUUCAAGAAACGAGGGGAGGAUGCGAGGGUGUUGGAAGUACCGUCGAUCGAUCAGAGAGUGGUUUUGGCGGUGAACGAUCGGGAGAAGAGGAUUACGAUUUGUUUAAGAGGGACGAAGACGUUGGUGAACGCGGCUCAGAAUUUAAGAUUGACGACGUCAGCACCGACGUUUAGGAAUAACAUUAGUUUAGGUGGUAGUUUCGGUAGUAACAUAGAUGGUACGCAGCAACAGCAGCAACAACAAAGGCGGUUCCCGACGAUUAAGUUUCCGACAAUCACCGACGCGAGGAGGAAAGAGCUGUUUGAAGAGUUUCCGGAUUUUAACGUGAAGAUGCAUCGAGGGUACCGAACGAUCGCGAUGGUCGUGAAGAGAGAAGUGGACCAGUUUCUGAAAGACGGGUACGAGGUUGAUUUACAAGGCCACUCGUUAGGCGGAGCGUGCUCUUUAGCCUUGGCGUUGCUUUAUCAUCACGAAGGCAAGACGAAAGUGAGAAGAGUGGUGACGUUUGGGAGUCCAAAACUCGGGCCGAAAGAUACGCAAGACGCCGCAGAAAGAGCCGGGUUGAAAAUCUUAAGAGUGGUGCAAAAAGACGACAUAUUCCCGUUUUUGCCCAUGUCUCGACCAGGGGUGACGCAACCGUACGUUCACUGCGGCGAGGGUAUUUAUUUAGACAGCGACCAACCCGGGAAGUUUGCGGAAUUGCCGCGAUGGUACGGCGGGUCUGGGAUUUUGUGGAGGCAAAAAGCCAUCGUCACGGAAGCGUACAAGAGUUCGUUGAAGAAACGAAACGAAGCGUUGCAAUCGAUUGAUUACGAUCCGUUACAACCGGAGAAAAUUAACGUGCCCGGGAUUGGACCGCGAAACGAGAAAAUAGCAAAGUGGGUGAAACGCAUUCGACGACAACGAUUUUUGAAGGCGCGACAGACUCUGUUCUCGUUCGCGAACGAGACUGCGGCGAGCGAAGACUACGCUUUAGCGGCUGCUUUAGGCAGAGAAGAGAUCAAGGAUUUGUCCGACGCGAGCUCGGGGUCGUUCGACGAGGAAGAUUCAACGUUGAUGAAGACGGAUUUGGAGCCGAGCAAGAUGGACAUCGUGGAUUUAUCGAACAAAGAGAGACGCUUAGAAUCGAAGAUGACAGUAGGUCCCACGAUUUUCGAAAGACUGAGAGAUUUGCAAAAGUUUGACCAAAAAGAACGCGUGAGACGGUUGGAAUGUCACAGAAUGGUGAGGUACCGCGACGAGGUCAAAUCGCUCAUGGACGUCGGGCCGCAACAAGUUAAUUUGAACGACAUGUUCGACGAUUUAUACACCAACUUCCGCGAAAGAAAGAGCAGCAACAACAACAACAACAACACCGGGACCGCUACGAAUAAUACGGGGAGCUCCAAUAGUAACAAAAUCGCCUCCAAUGGGAGUGGAGUCAAAGCGCCGAGGUGA